GUCGGGUUGUAGCAUAUCGCAGUGUAGCACAUUGUAUCGUUUCGCGUCGCCGUGAGUGUGUGUCAAACAGGGCAGAGCAGAGAGAAAGGCAUAUAGAUAGAAGAAGGUGCAGAAGUGUGAAGAGUGAUGAAAUCAACAAAACGACAGACCAGCACGGCAGAAUGUUGUUGAGAUGUGCACCAUUUGCAAGAACAAUGUUCACACCCGUAGGCUAGAGUUUGUAAUCGUGUAAUUAGUAGUGAAAUCAAAGGACGGAAACACCCUGCUGGAAGUGUAAUGGAAGGCACGAGUUGAUGUGAAGUGAAUCUAAGUGAAUGAGAAGAAUUGGCUCGGGUCCGAAGUGAGUGAAGCCAGUGAAGGGACCCUGGAGAAGAAGACAGAAAAGUUGAAAUCAAAGGCAGACCCUGUGGUUGGAUAUUGGUUGCAUUCAGAUCAAAGUGUGCCUUUGCAAAAUGUUGCCCCUGUAGAGGGAGCCUGGCUCGACAUGGCCAGACAUGGUACACUGUGUUUUGGUGUAGUGAAUGAAAGUACCCUUAGCAAGGGGCCAUCCUCCGAGGGGCACCCCAUCGGAGUGAAGUGAAUAUUGCGGAGGCAGUGUAGAGAAGAGAUAGUUUAAGAAGCAGCACAAGCAGAAAAGCAAAUUUUGAUUGAUACAUUCACGGCCGAUGAUGCACUGGAGUUGUGUCGGAAAUUUUCCUGCUACUGCCGUUGGCCCCGCUAAUUCGUCCAAUUCGCAUACUAGACUCGAUAAGAAUUCAUAGCAAUGGAGCGAAUCCAGUGGUGCGGUAUCAUCCUUAUCAUCCUCAUUAAAAUUCUGUGCGCGCAGCCACUGGCGAACAGCAACUUCCCUCUGAAGGGAGCAAACGGCACAGAAAACCUUAGCAGCCGACUAGUUAGUCAAAUAGUUUUUAAUUCUACCUUGAAUCAUCUGGCGUUGGACAAGACCUCUGGCAUGGUCUAUGUCGGCGCCGUCAACAAGCUGUAUCAGAUUUCCAGCGAUCUGAACAUCAUCGCGGCCGUAACGACGGGCCCGCACAAUGACUCGAACGAGUGCUCGAUCCUCGAGUGUCCCACCGAUAUCGUCCGCCGGCCGACGGACAAUUGGAACAAGGUGCUCCUGAUUGACCACUCGGCCAGCAACCUGAUCGUGUGCGGAUCGCUCUUUCAGGGCAUCUGCCACAUCAGGUCGCUGCAGAACGUGAGCAUCGUCGAGCACGAGGUGCAGGAAGCGGUCGUAGCCAAUGUCGCCAACGCCAGUACGGUGGCAUUCAUCGCUCCGGGACCGCCGAUCCCCUCGGAGACCAAUGUCCUCUACGUGGGCGUUACCUUCACGGGGAAUUCUCCGUACCGGAGUGAAAUCCCUGCUGUGGCUUCCCGGAGUCUAGCGCAGGAUAAGCUCUUCCAAAUUGCAUCGUCCGCCGUGACAACCGGGACGCGGAUAUUUGUCAAUUCGUACGCCAGGGAGUCCUUCCUGAUCAACUACGUGUACGGGUUCAGUUCGGAACGGUUCUCCUACUUCUUGACGACGCAACACAAAAGCGCCGGCCACAACACACCAAAAGAAACCAUCACCAAGCUGGUGAGGAUCUGCCAGGACGACUCGAACUACUACUCGUACACGGAGAUCCCCGUCGAUUGCAUCAGCGAAAGUACCAAGUUCAACAUCAUUAACGCGGCGUACGUGGGGAAACCUGGCCCGGAUCUGGCGGAGAACCUCGGAAUCACAACCGACGACGAUGUUCUCUUUGCCGUAUUCUCCGAUAGCAACGACUCGAAAAAUACCAACAAGUCCGCCCUGUGCGUCUACUCGUUGAAGGCCAUCCGUCGGAAGUUCAUGCAGAACAUCAAGUCCUGCUUCAACGGGAUCGGCCAACGGGGGUUGGACUACAUCUCGAUCAACAUGCCUUGCGUUCCGACCAAGCUGCAAACCAUAAGCGAAGAUUUCUGUGGUCUCGACGUCAACUCUCCGCUCGGGGGAGAACAAGCGAUCGCCUCCAUUCCAGUCCUGCUGUCGGAGUUGAAGAUGACUUCGAUAGCCGUGACUACGACCUCCAAUUUCACCGUCGUCUUCAUCGGGACGCGCAACGGCCAGCUCAAGAAGGUUGUCGUCGAAUCGUCCGGCUCGGCCCAACAGUACGCCCUGAUGAACGUGGACGUCGGCUCCAUGAUCCAACCGGAUAUGUAUCUGGACACUGUAAAAUAUGAUCUGUACUUGAUGUCAAAGCAUAAGCUAUUUAAGAUUAAGGUUUAUGACUGUUCGGUGUAUACCACGUGUGUUGCAUGUCUAUCAGCGAAAGAUCCCUUCUGCGGAUGGUGUUCCCUAGAGAAUAAGUGUAGUCCGAAGAGUGAGUGUCAAGAUAAUUUUAAGGAUCCCCUGUCGUGGCUUAGCUACAAAUCCGGCAAGUGCACAACCAUCACCAGCGUCAGUCCGAGCCAGCUGCAGCGGACCACGGCCCGGACGCUGGAGCUGAUGAUCGAGAACUUGCCCAAUUUGAAGGAGGCGCUCGUGUGCGCGUUCACCUUUGCCAACAUGGAAAAGCCCAUCAUAACCAAUGCAACGAAGAAGCGGAACGGCGUCAACUGUACCACGCCCCGGACUGACCUACUGCCGCAGAUUGGCUACGGAAAGAAUCACUUCAACGCGCAGCUCUCGAUCAAAACCGCCCAGGGCCCGGACAUCGUGUCGACCAAGUUCACCUUCUUCGACUGCAGCACCCAUCUGUCCUGCACGCAGUGCGUCUCGUCGCAGUUCCCGUGCGACUGGUGCGUGGAAGCCCACCGCUGUACGCACGAUACGGCCGAGAACUGCCGCAACGACAUCCUGGUGACGGGCAUCAGCCGCAUCGGGCCCAGCUACCGGUCCGGUCCCACCUUCUGUCCGACGAUCAACGUUACCAGCGAUGGGCCGGAAAUUCUCGUCCCGGCCGGGUCGAAGAAGCAGGUCAAGGUCAAAGUUCAUAUCAUCGGUCAAUUCAUCGUGCAGACGCGGUUCGUGUGUCAAUUCAACGUCGAGGGUCGGGUUACCAGCGUCAACGCGCAACUGCUCGGCGAUACCAUCUACUGUGAUCCCAUGGAGUUUUCGUACACGGCCAAGGCGUCGAAACUGACGGCCACGUUCGCCGUCAUUUGGGGCGGUUCCAAGCCGCUAGACAAUCCUAACAAUAUUCAUGUCGUAAUUUAUCGCUGUAGAGAUAUGUCCGAUAGCUGUGGUGUUUGUUUGGCAUUAGAUGAAAAGUAUAAGUGUGGUUGGUGUUCGUCGUCUAAUACGUGUGAGGUAGAGGAUCAGUGUGGCAUUUCGGGCAAGGUGGAAGGCCAGGAGAAGAAGGACUGGUUGAACAACCAGCAGACGUGUCCGAAUCCGGAGAUUCAUUCGUUCGACCCGAAGACGGGACCGUGGGAGGGCGGCACGAACAUCACCAUUCGGGGCAUCAAUCUGGGCAAGAAGUUCGAGGACGUGUAUGGGGGGAUCAAGAUUGCCGGGAUCGACUGUAUGCCGUUCCGGGAGCUGUAUGUGCAGACGAAGGAGAUCGUCUGCAAGGUGGAUGGACCGGGCGUGAAGAGUCACCGCUCGGGGCGCGUGGUGGUGCAGAUUUCAGAUUUCAGGGGUGAAUCAACGUAUGAUUUCGUGUUUGUCGAUCCGGAGAUUACGGACUUUGGGCCGAAGUUUGGACCGAUUGCGGGCGGAACGAUCAUUAAGAUCGUGGGGAAGGAUUUGAACACUGGAAGCCGGGUGAAUGCGUUCCUCGAUCAGCAUGCGUGUGAGAUUUUGAGUACUGACGAGACCGAAGCCACAUGCCGGACGACGGAUGUCUCGAACCAGAUGCAGGCAAAACUGCGCAUGGAGUUCGAUAAUGGAGGACGGGAGUUCAACGGUGAUCUGUUCGAGUACGUUGCGAACCCGUCGAUCGACUACGUGACUUCCGGAGAUCCAGGUCAAACGAGAGUGGCCAGAGGAAUCCCGUCCGGUGGCAUCAAGAUCUACGUGAUGGGCCAGAACUUCUUCUCGAUCGAGAAACCGAAGAUCUACGUAUAUUACCGGAAUCAGAUCUUCCUGAAUGAAUGCAAGUCCGUCUCGAACAAGGAAAUGCACUGCUCUUCUCCGGAGAUCGAUCUCCAGAAGGACGACGCGUUCCACUCGGACGAACCCCUGCAGCUGGAGUAUGGAUUCAUCAUGGAUGAAGUCAAGACGGUGCAGAACCUGUCAUCCAAGAUGGGUAGUCGAUUCGAGCUGUACCCCAAUCCGGUGUACUCCAAGUUCGAGGAGAAUCUGAAGCACUUCAACAGUGAGUACUUGACGAUCAACGGACGGAACCUGGACCGAGCGUGCAAGGAGAGUGACGUAGUGGUCAAGAUCGGUGAUAAUGGCAUUUGUAAUAUUACCUCAUUGUCGCGACAUCAGCUGACUUGCCGGCCGCCGAUGAAUCAGGAGAACAAGAAGGUCAACGUGAAGGUCAUCAUCGGCGGCUCUCUGACGUACGACGUAGGCUAUAUGAGUUAUUCCUCAGUUAGCAUACUGCCAAGCAUCAACAACAAAAUUGUGACGUUGAUCGUUGCGAUCUGUUCGGUGAUCUUCUUCCUGAUCUUCAUCGCACUGGUGAUCGCGUACAGGAAGAAGACGAGCGAGAAUAAUCGGGUGCUGAAGAACAUGCAGGAGCAGAUGGACAUACUGGAGCUGCGGGUGGCAGCCGAGUGUAAGGAAGCAUUCGCCGAACUGCAGACGGAGAUGACGGAUCUUGGAGGGGACAUCACUUCCGGGGGUAUUCCGUAUCUGGAUUACAGGACGUAUGCGAUGAAGAUCCUGUUCCCGAACCACGAUGACCAUGUGGUUCUGCAGUGGGAGAAACCGGAAUUGCUUCGGAAGGAGAAGGGAUUGAGGCUAUUCGGGCAGCUGGUUAUGAAUAAGACUUUCCUGCUGUUGUUUAUCCGGACACUGGAGAGCAAUCGGUACUUCUCGAUGCGGGAGCGAGUCAACGUGGCUUCACUGAUCAUGGUCACACUGCAGAGUAAGCUGGAAUACUGUACGGAUAUUUUGAAGACACUGCUCGCUGAACUGAUCGAGAAGUGCAUCGACGGCAAGAGUCAUCCGAAGCUGCUGCUGCGGAGAACGGAAUCCGUUGCGGAGAAGAUGCUAUCGGCGUGGUUUACAUUCCUGUUGUACAAGUUUUUGAAGGAGUGCGCUGGUGAACCGUUGUACAUGCUGUUCCGGGCAGUGAAAGGUCAAAUCGAUAAGGGUCCAGUGGAUUCGAUCACCCACGAAGCGAGGUAUUCACUGAGUGAGGAAAAGUUGAUCCGGCAGAUGAUCGAGUUCAAGGUUUUGACGGUGUACGCUAGCAUAACGCAACCCCCAAUUUUGUGCAAUAAUAUCGAAAUGAUUCCGACCAAUACGGAGAACAUUCCGGUGAAGGUGUUGGACUGCGACAGUGUCGGCCAGGUGAAGGAGAAGUGCUUGGAUACGAUUUACAAGGCGAUUCCGUGGAGCCAACGGCCGCGGAAGGAAGAUCUGGACCUCGAAUGGCGCACCGGAAGCUCCGGCCGUGUGAUCCUCUACGACGAGGACUCUACCUCCAAGACUGAUGGCGAGUGGAAGAAGCUCAACACAUUGCAUCACUACCGCGUAAACGACGGCGCCUGUCUGAGCCUGGUGCCGAAGGAAAGCUCCAUCUACAACAUCACCCUGAUAGGGGGCGACAAAUACUCGGAGAAAAUCCACAAAUACGAAACACUAAACAUAUCGAAGUACGUGUCCCCGUCGCCGCCGUUCAGCCGGGCCGGCAGCCCCAUGAAUGUGGACAUGCAGGAGAACAGCAUCAAGUACUGGCACCUGGUCAAGCACCACGACAGCGACGGCUCGAAGGAGGGCGAACGGGUCAACAAGAUGGUCUCGGAGAUCUACCUGACCCGGUUGCUGGCCACCAAGGGCACCCUUCAAAAGUUCGUCGACGAUCUGUUCGAGACGAUCUUCAGCACCGCACAUCGAGGUUCCGCACUACCACUAGCAAUAAAGUACAUGUUCGAUUUCCUAGAUGAUCAGGCUCUCUUGCACGGCAUCACCGAUCCGGAGGUGGUGCACACCUGGAAGAGCAAUAGCUUACCGUUGCGAUUCUGGGUGAAUCUCAUCAAAAAUCCUAACUUUGUGUUUGACAUUCAUAAGUCAAACAUAGUGGAUUCUUGCCUAUCGGUUGUGGCUCAAACCUUCAUGGACUCAUGUUCAACCUCUGAUCAUAGGCUAGGGAAAGACUCACCUAGUUCUAAGCUUUUAUACGCUAAGGAUAUUCCAUCGUACCGCGAGUGGGUGGAGCGGUAUUACAGCGACAUUCGGGAGAUGGCUGCCAUAUCGGAUCAGGAUAUGAACGCGAUGCUCGCCGAAGAGUCGAGGCUCCACACGACCGAAUUCAACACAAACUGCGCCCUGCACGAGCUCUACCAGUACGCGGUCAAAUACAACGAGCAACUGACGGUCACGCUGGAGGAGGACGAAUUCUCCCAGAAGCAGCGACUUGCCUACAAGCUAGAACAGGUGCACUGUAUCAUGUCGGCUGAGUAAGCGGCAAGCAAACGGGAGUAAAAUACCGAGAGAGUAAAAUCUGUGUAUGUAAUUUGCUAGGCUAGGUUCGCUAAGGCAAAGCAAAAAAAAAGUAUCGAUGAAAUACAAUGUGAAACUGUAAGCUAAACAAAAAAAAAGUAACAAACAUUAUUAAGUGGAAAAGAGUGUGAAAUUUAUUGUCGAAUGCAAAACCCAAGCAAAACAAAACAUAAGCAUACAACACUGUCAUAUAUCUAUUUUUAACAGUCGCUUUAAUUGAACGAAUGAUUGGAUUCCUCGGAGCAAACUUAGGCAAACAAAUGAAAUUUAAAAAAAAAAUCAGCCAGAAAACAAUUUACUGUGAAACGCAUCAUGCAAACAAAAAAUCGGAAACAGAAAACAGCAAACUUUUUACACAACAAACAACAACAACAACAACAAAGAAAGGAACAACAUCAACAUCAACAAAGAAUAAGAGAACCGCGAAUAAAAAACAAACGUGGACAAAUUCUUAUAAUAAUUAAAAAUAUCUCAUAUAGCUCAAAACAAGAAAAGUCUAAAUGUAAUAAAAAUGAAAAAAAUUGUGUAAUUGAUGUGUUAUAAGUUAUUACUAAAAUAUAAGCUGAUGAUUUUAUUAGUAAAACUACAGAAAGCA